AUGAAGACCGCACACGAGAUGGAUCACAGUGAAGAGAAGUCCAAGGAGUCCAGCGCCCUCGACUAUGACGACGUUACUUAUGGUCAUAACGGCAUCAAAGGCCUCCUUGCAUCUCCAUAUGUCGUUGGAGCCGCGUUUCUGGCCUCUCUGGGCGGCUUCAGCUUCGGCUAUGAUCAAGGAGUCAUCAGUCUGAUCCUCACAAUGGACCAGUUUCACAAUCGCUUUCCAGAGACGAAACCGGGGCAUCCUGGUCAAGGAUUCUAUACUGGCUUCAUGACGGCUAUGCUCGAACUUGGUGCUUUUCUGGGCUGUUUGGUGUACCCCUGGGUCGCGGAUCGGUAUUCUCGCAAGUGGGGACUGUCGAUUGCUGUGGUGUGGUUCACUGUUGGUGCUGUUAUCCAGACGGCUGCAGUUGACUAUGGCAUGCUGGUUGCCGGUCGGACUAUUGGUGGAGUAGGAGUUGGGACUCUAGCUCUUGGAGCGCCUCUUUACAUCUCCGAGGUGUCUCCACCCAACCUUCGUGGCUCACUACUCGUGCUCGAGACAUUCUCCAUUGUCAUCGGUGCCAUCAUAGCCUACUGGAUCACAUACGGUACAGCAGAGAUGGCCGGCGAGUGGUCUUUCCGCCUCCCCUUUCUUCUCCAAAUUGCACCUGCGCUUUGCCUUGGCCUUGGGAUUCACUUCUUCCCCUUCUCGCCUCGGUGGCUCUGCAUGAGGGAUAGAAGCGAAGAUUCUCUGCAAUCGCUCAGUCGGCUGCGCCGCCUACCGGUCGAUGACCAUCGGGUACAGCUGGAGUGGAGGGGGAUCAUCGCUGAAGUCAGAGUCCAGCGUGAGGUCUCUCGACGACAUCACGGUGAUAAGACGGGAUUCAGACUGGAAAUAUCGGAAUGGAUUGCUCUGUUCAAGCCGAAGUAUUGGAGGCGAACAAUGAUUGCGAUGGCCAUACCCUUCUUCCAGCAAUUUUCUGGAAUCAACGCCUUUGUCUACUACGCCCCGACUCUAUUUGCAGCCCUUGGUCAAGACAAGGAUAUGUCUUUGAUCUUGUCCGGCAUGAUCAACAUCUGUCAGCUUGUUGGUGCAUGUGUUCCGACAAUCUACUUGGACCAAAUGGGCCGACGCAGACUUGCAAUUGCUGGUGGUAUCAUGAUGGGCAUUCCACACGCCAUUCUCGCAGGUCUCGUUGGCUCCUUUAAUACUUCGUGGCAAUCACAUCCAGGACCGGCGUGGUUCGCUGUUGCCCUUGUCUACAUCUACGUCCUGAUGUAUGGCUUGACAUAUGGUCCACUGGGCUGGACAUUACCGUCUGAGGUAUAUCCCAAUACUGUUCGCGCCAAAGGCGUUGGUCUGGCGGUAGCCGUGAACUGGAUCGCCAAUUUCAUCAUCGGAGUUUCUGUCCCGCCAAUGCUUCAAGGCAUCGGAUUCGGAACCUACAUCUUUUUCGCGUGCUUUUGUUUCCUCGCCGCCGUGUUUUCAUGGUUCUUCGUUCCGGAAACGUCGAAUUUGACUUUGGAGCAGAUCGAUGGCUUGUUCAAGGACAACUCAGGGGUCGAAGAGGCCGUCAUUCGAGAGACCAUUGCGAACGAAGUGAUGCGAUCUUGA